AGAGGAGGAGGAGAGAUGCAGGAGCAGGCAGUAGGAGCGAGGACGUGCUCAGAAGGGAGUGCGCUCUCUGAGCAUGGACACUGAUCAGUGGAGCAUCGUGCGCCUAUUUUGGAACUAACACUCAUACUCAGUCUAGUUUUGCAUUUAUGUAGAAGGAUGUGGGAGGUCCACGAGUGGAAAGAGAAGAAAAAUGACAUUGGAUAUCGUCGCUUUUUUGCUGUGAAGUCCUGAUCCUGCUUCACAUUAACCAUGGACAUUUGACUUUUUAGGAGCCAUCAACUAAAUGCCACAAUGGAUUUUUUAAAUAUCUCCGCUUUAGAGGAGGCGAUGGAGGCAGACAACGUCUCCGCUAACAGCACCUCGCAAAGCAAGUACACCCCUCUCGCCAUCUGGGGUCUGGCUGGACUUGUCAGUUUCCUCAUUUUGUUUACGAUCGUCGGCAAUGUGUUGGUUGUCAUCGCCGUUUUAACAAGCAGAGCUCUGAAACCGCCCCAGAAUCUUUUUUUGGUGUCUCUGGCCAGCGCAGACAUCCUGGUGGCCACCUUGGUCAUGCCCUUCUCUCUGGCUAACGAACUCAUGGGUUAUUGGCUUUUCGGCAAGAUCUGGUGCGAUAUCUACCUGGCGCUGGAUGUUUUAUUCUGCACCUCGUCCAUUGUGCACCUCUGUGCUAUUAGUUUGGAUCGUUACUGGUCGGUGACACAGGCGGUAGAGUACAAUUUGAAGAGAACGCCAAAAAGAGUUAAAGGGAUGAUUGUAGUGGUCUGGUUGAUCUCAGCUGUUAUCUCCUUCCCUCCGUUGAUAUCAAUGGACCGGAGCAACAAUGAGGCAACUCCCCAGUGCAUUAUCAACGAUGAGACCUGGUACAUCCUCUACUCCAGUAUCGGGUCUUUCUUUGCCCCGUGUGUCAUCAUGAUUCUGGUCUAUAUCCGGAUCUACCAAGUGGCAAAAACCAGGACUAGAACCAUGUCAGAGAAGAAAAGGGACGUGGAUUCACCACAGGAAAACGGUAUGGAUCGAACGGAUCAAGGCAAAACCGAUUCAUUUAAGUCGAACCGUGGCGGGAGUGUUAAAGAGCAGGAAUGCGAGAACGGCCACUGCAAGGACCACGCAGCUAGCUCCUCCUUGACAACCACUUCCAAAAAUCCACACACUGACCACCACGACGACUUUGACGACAGUAGCUCGUCAGAUGAGAAGCCCAAGAAAAGUUCCUCGUCAUCCAAAAAUCGCAACGAUGACAGAAAAGACAGAAAGUCCAGCCGGAAAAGUAGCUCGGCAUCAAAAUUCUCCAGCAGGAAGUCCUGCGCCAGUUCCAAGUCCAUGGAGUUAUUUUCAUCUCGUCGUAAACGUAGAAGCACAGUUAACAGGAAGAAGGUUUCGGCCGCUCGAGAAAAACGUUUUACGUUCGUCCUUGCUGUUGUCAUGGGGGUUUUUGUUGUGUGCUGGUUCCCCUUUUUCUUCUCCUACAGCCUGUAUGGAAUCUGCAGAGAACUGUGCAAGAUCCCAGAGACUCUGUUUAAGUUCUUCUUCUGGAUCGGCUACUGUAACAGCUCAUUAAAUCCGGUCAUCUACACUAUCUUCAACCAGGACUUCCGCAGAGCUUUCCAGAAGAUCCUGUGUAAGUCCUGGAAACGUUCUUUCUGAUGGGCUUUAAUAGAGACUUCAUCCUGCAUAUUCCUAUUUAAGCGCUUCUGAGCUGCAGAGAAAAAGUGCUGGCCUGGGGAGCUUUCACACCUUUUAGUGUCAGGGAUUGCACUCCGAAUGAACGGAUGCAGAACCGCCUGAACUAAAGGUGCAGGAAAAGGGGUUUAGAAUGCUGCUUUUAUAUCGAGAAUGUCAGGCAUCAUUUUACACUCCAAUAUUUGCUCUGACUAGACCCCCCACCCCCUAAAACACAUUGAUUUACUCCUCCCUUCUUUGAAACGCGACACAAACGUCACUGUGAUGGCUGCACCAGGACGAACUGCUCAGGAGAUGAAGGGUUUAUUCAGACACUUUAUUUACGUGACCUUGUUCAUUGAACAUAAUGCCAAGACUUUGACAAUCUCCUCACUGUUGUUAUCUAUCAAACAAAAGGAUUGUACGUCUGACUUUAUUUUCUUUGUUUCCAAUGGGACAAAGGGGCUCCUUGCUUACUGGUUCAGUGGCAAAAAGAUUUUAAAAAAAUAAAAAAAAACACUUUUAAAAAAUCUAUAUGUGAAACUCAGUGGGAUGUUCCUGGUUGCUCAUAUAAACUAUAUGACCAUCUAACAUCAUCAGAUGGAAGAAGUCAUCUCCAUACUGGAAAUCUGUUUGGACUUUCUUCUUCUAUGUGAAACAAUACAUGGAAAACUGUAUCCCGGACAUCCACUGAGGUGUGUGAAGCUGUUUGUGUGGAUGAGAAAGAGGUGACUGAAAGUGUAUAACAUGUGGAAAUGUGUUGGUGAAGUGUGUUAAUCUCCACUGCCACUCAGAAUGUAUGUGUGUGUGUGUGGUCUAAUUCCGUAUUCGGCAAUGGGACUGAUUCUCUCUGCCCAAGUGUCUUUCUCUUCCUCCUUCAUUUUACUAUCAGGCAGAUUUGAUCUUUUCCGCCACCAAAGUCAACCGCAUUAAAAAACCUCCUCCAUCCUUUUACUCACUUUUAUCUGCUGCUGGCAGACUAACAAAAAUACACAUUACACACACUUAGCCUCCACAGUCUACAUCCGCACAAGAUAUCCAUCUUUACAUUUAUAGCCUUAGGUUAAAUAUUUGUCUUUUCUUGUAAAUAUGUGGAAAACAGUACAAUAUUAUCGUGUGGCGCCUCAUUUUCACACAAGUAUUAAGAACAUGAACAUGAACUGUUGGCAUAAUGAACAAUGCUGUCAUGGAGCAUGACGGCACAACAACCUUCUUUCCUUUUCUAACAUUUCUGACGGAAAAACAAAUGUUUACUUCUCUACAUAUUCCAAAAGAUCAAAUAAAUAUUAUUUUAACUGUGCUUUGCAUGGACGCAUUCUUCAUUUAUGUGAGUCGGUUGCAUAUCUCAAUUUGUGUUUGCUGUAUAUUAUUUCAGCAACAAUUUGCAGUUGAGGCACAGAUGUGCAGGCGAUAUGGAGUUGGGGUGGAUAGGGAUGGGUUGAAAAAAAAUGCAAUUAGUAAU